GGUGGUGAUCGAAAAGAAGAAACAUUUGUAUUAGAAUCGAGAAAAGCGUUAAUCUCCGAUGGCUUCGUCGAGGGACAAGGAACCCGCGCCGCCACAUCAUCACCCACCUCUUCUGAGCAGCCUCGUCGUCCGCCCCUCCCACACCGAGGCCGUCGCAGCCGGUGGUGGUCGCGUCGCCGACUUCGAGCCCGGCGAACUCCACCGUGAUCCCCCUCCUCCUUAUUCCCGCUCCGAUCGAUAUCCCGAUGAACCUGCUCUGAUGUUGCCUGCAAGAUCUUGGGCCUUCAGGAAGGCAUGUUACCAUGAACUCAGCUUUGGAUCAUGUUCUGGGAUUUUUUUUAUUAUUUAAAGGGUUAAUAAAUGAGUUGGAUGAUGGAAAUAGUCCAUUCUGCAUGAACUUGGGGCUUUGCAGCACAGAAUCUGUUGCAUGGAUUUUCAUUUUGCAGAGUUAGGGUCAUAUGUUUGGUUUGGGAUAUUUGUGAAAGUUAAGACAAUGUUGUUGAAUUUAAUGCAGUCUGGGAUACAAUUUGAAGUUAUUGUCAUACAUGAUACAGAGUGGACAAUGUGCUAGAACAUCCAUAUUGUUACAGGGUUUGUAGGGGACUGAAACUGACCAUUACAAAUUGUUUUCAGUGAAUAACCUACAGUUAUAACCAAUCCUUGGCUGGCAUAUCUAGGUUCUGCUGCAAGAUGUGUUUGUGGGUGGAUAAAUUUCUAAUUUGCUACUUUUGUGGAAGCUCACCUGACAUUUUGUGAAGAUGACAUUUACUGACGAUAACUUCAUAGGGUUGUUGGUAUUUGGUAUUUUUGUCAUUGAACUCCUGGUUAUUUCAAUUCCAUAUACUGGGUAACUUUUGGAUAUAGUCCUUGUGAUGAUUUUUUUGGCUGGUGGUUGUCAUUUUAGUUUCUAUGGUUUUUCUUCUUUGGUUGGUUGAUUAGGGGUGAUUCAGAUGGUUCUUUAUUUACAACAUGCAAGGCUGCUGGAAACUUUUGAAAUAUAGUCCUUGUGAUGAUUGUUUUGGGCUGAUGGUUGUCAUUUUAGUUUCUUUGGUUUUUCUUCUUUGGUAAGGAUGCCUCUGAUGGUUCUUCCAGAGUAGUAAUUCCACAUGGUUAUUCCAAUUCCAGAUACUGGGUAACUUUUGAAAUAUAGUCCUUGCGACGAUUGUGUUGGGCUGAUGGUUGUCAUUUUAGUUUCUAUGGUUUUUCUUCUUCGGUAGGGAUGAUUCUGAUGGUUCUUUAUUUACAACAUGGAAGACUGCUUUCCAGAGUAGUAAUUCCACAAGUGAAAUUUAAGAACUUCUGAUAUCAACAUGGCUGUAUAGCUUCUGCUGAAUCCUGAUAUUUUUCACGUUGAUGCAUUGACUGGGUACACCAAUAUGGCACAGAAAAGGGAUGUGUAUCUUCUUAAAAUGAGAGAAUGCCCUUCUCCAUGUCCAAUUUCUUUCUACUGUUGUUUUGAAGUUACUUGGGGGCAUAGUAUAUUCCAAAAAGGGUGAAUUGGAUGCUGAUAUUGUUGCACAUGGCUUCUAUGGGGUUUAUCUGCCUGAGCCAUUCCUUUGUAUAAUUUUUCUGCAAAUUGGUGAACUAUGUUGCUUGAAUCUACCUUUGGUUGUCAUAGCAUACUAACAGAGAUGGUUCCGAAAAGAGUCUAACAAGUGGUUGAUUGGGGUAUUAAAGUUUGGGAGUAUGUUGGUGGUGUUUGUUGGUUGUUUCCUUGUGGAGUAUACAUUUGGAUAUUGUGCUCCUGAGUUUGAUUACUUUCAAAAGGGUAAAAAUAACAUUGGUCUAUUGUUUGUUUGUCUUGUUGGAUUAGUUUUUAGUAGGAGAGGUUAGUGCAUACUCUUAACCUGGUUUUGAGCUUGGUUCUUAUUUUAUACUGCAACCCCUAGGUUGCCGUGGCUCCAAAAUAUGAAUUUGGAUUUGAUAUUUCAGAUUGUUAGGUUAAAUGAUUUGUAUUUUUAAUUAUAUCGUGGUAGCAUCAGAGAUGGAAAAAUUGGUAUCAAGUAUAUGAUUAUGAAGGAGGUAACUUAUUAGUGGAAAACCUUGCUCAUAGAACUUGUUUACUUUACAGUAAUAUGGAUCAGGUUUGGGAAAAGUGACAUUGAAGGUGUUGUCAUAUAAACUUCCUGCGCUCUUCCACACAUUUUUAAUUUUCGUAUCCAUGAGGUGGAAAAGCCCUGUGUGGUGGAAACCUUCCCUUUGGAAUGUCAAUCUGAUUAUAUGACAGUUGCAUAAUCACAAUAUUAUUGGAUUCUAUUGUAGAUUGCAAUGCUGAAUUUUCUCUCACUUCCUGUAAGUCACUUAUUUUCAAACUUCACUGUCUAUGUUUUCCCAGGAUAUAGAAUUCGUGCAGGUUCUUCAUCGCCAGUUCACCGAAGAGAUGCAGAUCACCGUUUUGGUUCUGAUUAUAAUAACAUGCCACGAAGCCGUGGAUAUGGUGGUGGGAGAGACCCAGGAAGAUAUCGAGACCCUUCACCCUCGUAUGGUCGAGGUAGAGUAGGGGGCAGGCCAAUGGGUAGAGCUUUUGACGGGCCUGGCUUUGUUUCUGGACUUGCUAGAGGGGAAGGCAACAAUCGAAAUAAUCCCAAUGUGCGUCCUAGGGAGGGAGAUUGGAUUUGUCCUGAUCCCUUGUGUAAUAAUCUUAACUUUGCAAGGCGGGACCAUUGUAACAGCUGUAAUAGGUCUCGUAAUGCACCUGCUAGAAGUCCUAGGAGGGCUUAUCCUGCACCUCCACCACUUCAUGCUCCUCCUAGACGCUUUCCUGGACCUCCAAUUGAUCGCUCCCCUGAAAGGACUUUGAAUGGCUAUAGAUCUCCUCCUCGUGGGUUGGCAAGGAAUGGCCCUAGAGAGUAUGGGUCUGCUGCUCUGCCGCCACUCAGGCAUGAAGGCAAGUUUCCAGAUCCCCAUUUGCGCAGAGAGCGUAUGGAUUUCAUAGAAGAUGCUUACAGGGGGAGAAACAAGUUUGAUAGGCCACCCCCACCGGACUGGGAUAAUAGAGAUCGUGGAAGAGAUGGCUUCUCUGAUGAAGGGAAAGGAUUUGAAAGGAGGCCACUGUCACCCCCUCCACCUCUUUUGCCAUCAUUUCCUCACCAUCGUGGUGGUCGAUGGGCUCGAGAUGUUAGACAGAGAAGCCGCUCUCCAAUAAGAGGUGGCCCACCACCAAAAGAAUAUCGCCGGGAUACGUUCAUGCAUCGUGCAACAGAUGAUAGGCGCGGAAUGGGACGAGAUAGAAUUGGAGGAAUGUAUUAGCUGCGGAUGUUUAAUGUACUUUGUGAUGUAACUAUAUUAGCUUCAUUAGACGUUGGGAUGAAGAAUUUGAGAGAUUAGCCCCUGAAUCUUCAGAAUAGGUCACAAUGCAUUGGAAAACUCUUGACUUUGUGCACUCAAAUUGCGUGGUUUUAUGAUUUUAUCGGUUUGUUUCACUCCGCAUAAUCUUUACUUCAGGUUUGUCAA